GAGAAGCUUGGGGUGUACCAGUCCAGCGACGCGAUCGUCUUCUGGAAGUGGAUCACGAACCGCAAGCUGGCGCUGGUGUGCGCCGUGGACGUCUACCACUGGGACCUGGCGACGCCGAACAGCGUCCCGGAGAAGAUGUUCCAGCGGGCUGGCAAGCUGGCGGAGGCCGGCACGCAGAUCAUCGCCUACGCCUCCAAUUCCACCCAGUCUUGGUGCCUGCUGACGGGGAUCUCCACGCAGGACCAGGGCAAGACUAUCGACGGCAACAUGCAGUUGUAUAACGUCGAGAAGAAGCAGCAACAAACUGCUCCGCCCCUGCCCUCGGCAACGUCCCCGUGA